AAUGACAAACCAUUAAUGUCAUUUGUUUUCAAUAUUUGGUGUUGCAAGCUAACACUUUUUCUGCCUUUUCUCUCACACUCAUCGACAUUUUCUCUUCCUUCACCGUUCUCUCUCUCUCUCUCUCUCUUUGAAGUUCAAUCACCAGCGUUUCACCAUGCCGAAAGCUGUUUCUCGAUGCCAAACCUGCUGAUAACUGGUGGAAGCGCAAGGGCGCUGGUACUUGAACUAAGCAAUCGAAGAAAGCUAACGAUCCUAACAAGCCUAAGAGGUCUCCAAGUGCUUUCUUCGUUUUCAUGUCUGAAUUUAGAGAGAGGUUCAAGAAAGAGAAUUCAAGCAACAAAUCCGUUGUUGUGGUUGGGAAAGCUGGUGGAAAAGAAUAGAAUGGAUAUAAAGGAUAAGGCUCCAUUCAUUGCUAAGGCUGAGAAGUUGAAGGAGGAGUAUGAGAAGACAAUGCGUGCUUACAACAUGGGAAUUACUGAGAAGAAUGCUUCGGAAGAAGAAGGAUCUCAUAAGUCUAAGUCUGAAUUUGAUGUCUUAGACUGAGAAGAAUGCUUCGGAGUUGAAGAAAAUUAUGGCUAAUGAGAAAGUUGUUGAGAUUGUUAUGGCUGAUCCGAAGCGGACUAAGAGGAUUUUGGCUAACAGGCAAUCGGCUGUGUGUUCCAAUGAGCGCAAGAUGCGAUACAUUUCGGAGCUAGAACACAAGGUUCAGCCACUACACUUUCUGCCCAACUUACUUUGUUGCAGGGUUCCUUGGCAAAACUAAGGCCUUAUCUGAAGGACUGGCUGGAAAUGUGAUUUUUUUUUUGUUGGUUAAAACGCCCACCCCCAAAUUAGCCAGCUCUCCAUGGGCGCCACCACCAUCACUCGCAUCUUGCGGCAGACCUCAUCUUUACAUUGCUUCCACCGCCAUGCCAGGAGCUGACUCACUUUAUAAUUGAUAUUCAUGUGGCCGAUCAGUAGUCUUUGCACUUUUGGUUUAGAUUUUGGCUGUUAUGGUUCAGCGUAUUAAACUGUUGUUGAAUUAUUGAAUUCUGUGUCAACUUUUGCUGCAAGCAGCAGCGACUUCUCUUUUAAACAUUGAUGCAUAUCUCAUUGAAAAGGUAUAAUGUCCAAUUAAUUGGUUCUCACCAUUAUUAUCGGGCGUUCCCAUUUUUCAGGUUUGUUAAUGAUAUGGUCUGAACAUGUAUAUAUCAUUUUUGCGAUUAGAUCUGGAUAUGUAUA